AUGUCAUUCACCCGAAGGAGCGUCCGAAUCAACAAUGAGAACGAAAUGCCCGCAGAUCCAGCUGCUUCUCGCCCCGGAAAGCGUCAGAUUCUGCGAGAUGCGCAGGAUGACGGCAACCCCGAGAAGCGCCCGCGUUUCAUGAAGUCACAGAGCAGUACAACCACAGCAGGACCCCGCAGAACUGCUCUAGGAGAUGUGACCAAUCGUCGCUCCGCUUUGGGCGAUGUGACCAACAGGAUCAACAUCAAGAAGGCUACUAUGAGCUCCAUGAACUCCUCAGUCUCAAAUGCUGGAGCGCUGGCCAAGAAGAAGGUCAUUGCCAGUAAGCGCAGUGUCAGUAAUAUCAACAUUGGCAGUCGCACACUCAGCACCGCCAACGCCAACAAGCGGAACCUCAGCAACGUGAAUCUUACCAGUCGCCAUGCCAGCGUAACAACCAGCAGUACGUCGUCUCUAAGCAGCCGCAGCUCCUCGUCGAUCAUCAGCCGGAUGAGUCGUCCGCUUUCUUCCACAACCAGCACCUUUGGCUCUCUGGGACGAAAGGACAAGAUCUCAUCAACUGUCAACAUGACCCCAUCCACUCCAGAAGAAGAUGAACAUGACAUUGACUCGGAAGACAAACAUGACCCGACUACGUGCUGGCAGUACGCUGAAGACAUCACAAAGUACCAACUAGAGACGGAGAAGAAGCGCAAGCCUAGCAGCUCGUAUAUGGCUCGCCAGUCGGACAUUAACUCUAAGAUGCGUGCAAUCCUCGUAGAUUGGCUUGUGGACGUGCACUACAAGUACGGAUUGUUGCCGCAGACGCUGCACAUCGCUGUCCUGCUUAUCGACCAAUACUUGGAGAAGAGUCGGUCGGUUGGACGUCAGCGUCUUCAGCUUAUCGGUGUGUCGGCUAUGUUUAUCGCUGCAAAGUACGAGGAGAUCUACCCCCCGGAAGCCGAAGAUUUCGUCAAAAUCACAGACAACGCAUACACUCGCGAAGAAGUUUUCCAGAUGGAAGCGAAGAUGCUGGCCACGAUUGGCUUCCGAGUGACUUUCCCGACUUCGUACCAGUUCAUGAAGCGGUUUAUCAAGGCGUCUCGCACGUGUGACGAUCGAGUGGAGCACUUCGCUCACUACGUCAUUGACCACAGCUUGCAGGAUUACAAACUCAUGAAAUUCCUACCGUCCACUAUCGCCGCAUCGGCAGUGCACAUUGCUCGGACCCAGAUGAGAGAUGCUCCAGCUUGGUCGUCGACGUUGGAGUAUCACUCGUCGUACAGUGAGCGCAGCUUAACGCCUUGCAUUGACGAGCUGAAGGAAAUGAUAUGGAACUCUCACAACGGAGUGGGGAAGUUGGCCAAGCUCACUGCGGCGCGACGGAAGUUCAGCAAGGAACGCUUCAUGGCAGUGGCAGCCGAGCCUCUUGCGUUUAGUAAGAGCGCGUAG